CACAUACAAUAACACCCAGCAACUUGAAACUGCUCACCCUUUCCACUUCUGAUCCCUCAAUGAGGACUGGUAUUUAUUCACUCAAUUUUCCCUUCCUGAAGUCACCAUCUGAAAUUCUGCCAACAAUAGUUCUGUCUCUGGCAAAUUUAGAGAUGGUAUUUGAGCUCUAUUCCUAGCCACACAGUCAUGGGUGUUGAGAGAGUAGAGCACUGGGUAAGCACACAUCCUGCCAGAGGUGUGCUAGUGUUGACUGUCAUUGAGGAGGAGAUGUUACUUCCGAUCCACACUGACUGUGGUCUCCCAGUGAGGAAGGUGAAGAUCCAGUUGCAGAGAGAGGUACAGAGGUCCAGGUUUUGGAGCUUGUUGGUUAGUACUGAGGGUAUGACAGUGUUGAAUGCUGAGCUGUAAUCAAUAAACAGCAGUCUGACAUAGGUAUUGCCAUUGUCCAGGUGAUCCAAGUCUGAGUGAUUCCGUCUCGACCAUCAAUUGGAAUUGUUUUCUCACCCUUAAAAUAGCCUUCCAUAGGUCGUAUAGUUUUGGAUCACCAGUCUUGAAUGCCACAGAUCUAGCCCUCAGCAGACUAUGAAUCCUCUGAUUGAUCCAUGGCUUUUGGUGUGGGUAUGUCCGGUAUGUUCUCAAAGGCACACACUCAUCCACACAGGUCUUGAUGAAGUUGGUGAAAACUGUGUCAUAUUCAUUCAGACUCAAAGAUGAAUCCCCGAACACCGUCCAGUCCGCCAACUCAAGGCAGUCCUGUAAGUGUUCCCUGGCCUCCCUUCACCAUACCUUCUUAGUCCUCCCCACUGGUGCUGCAGUCCCUAGGAGUGAAUCCGUCCCAAUUUUUACCAAUCCACCAUAGAAAGUAUCCAAUCUGGAUGCAUCACUGCUUGGUACAGCAACUGCUCUACCUGUGACCGGUAGAAACUGCAGAGAGUUGUGGACACAGAAACUAGCCACCCCUCCAUGGACUCUGUCAUACCCAUCCCGGACAUUCUCUCUUCUCCAACCCUCCCAUCGAGUGGAAGAUACAAAAGCCUGAAAGCACACAUCACCAGGCUCAGAGACAGCUUCUACCCCACUGUUAUAAGACUAUUAAGUAGUUCGCUAUACCAUCAGCUGGACUCUUGACCUCACAAUCUACCUUUUAUGUUCUUGCACCUUAUUGGCAAUCACCGCCAAGAAAUCGCUUUCUUCCUCAGCCCGCAGACGCAGCCUGAAGGAGAGGCUUCCAUCGUGGGCGUUUGCACCUUUUUUUUUAACGAGAGCGCUCCGGGGGAGGGGGGAGUGGAAACCACCGCCUUCCAGGAGUGAUUGGUGAUCUCGCCUCUCAGACUCGAGUCGUUCUGGAGAUUCCGGGUCGCGGGUAAUCAGAAAAAGCAGCAGGUGACGGUGGAAGGAUGAGGUGUGGGGUCCUGACUGCAUUUCUUACUGGGUUACUGGCUGUUUGGGCAGGCUACGGGUCGUACUGUCAAGCACAGACGGAAUCUGGCCACAAGCAGGGGGAGAUGCUGGAAGUGGAAUUCAACGCCAGUCAGCACAGUCCGCCAAGCAAGGAAUGGACCGCGAUCCACAGUGCCGUGACAGAGCAGCAGUACUACCUGAUGCAGCUCUUCAGGCUCUACGGGGAGAAUGGGAGACUGUCGUUCGAGGGCCUUCGCAAGCUGCUCACCAACCUGGGCCUGGGCGAGGUGCAGGUGGUGGAGAUCCAGCAUGAAGACCUUGGCCACAACCAUGUCUCGCACCUGGAUGUGCUGGAGCUGCAAGAGAACAAGCACGUGCACAGCCACACCACUCUGGAACAUCUCCCCAUGCCGGCCAGUGGGAGCCAGGGCCACAGCCUGUUGGGCCGCCUCCCAGACAUCUCUGCGGGUGCCUCAGCCAAGACCUCCACAUUGGGGUCAGCGGACAGAACGCAGAACAAGGGCUUGCUUCCUGCUCCAGGUAGACACCAUGCACUGCGAAACCCAUGGGAAGGCAGGCACAGAGGGGAGAGACUGGAGCGGCGCAGAGGGAAAGUAUCAAGGAGCCUGGCAGAUGUGACAGGGCCCCCCUCCUCAUCUGUCAAGGACAGCAUCUUUAAUCACUCAAAGUACAACCACCUACAUGGAAAUUGUUUGAAUGUGAGCCAGCUCCUGGUCAACUUUGGGAUGAGCACCAUUCAUGAAAUCACUCCAAAGCAGUUCUCUUACAUCUGCCCAGCCCUGCUCUACCAGAUCGAGAGUCGAGUCUGCAUCCACCAUCACGAUUCGCUGGAGAUUCAGCAGGAUGGCAAGCUCUCUAAAUCAGUGUGGCUCUGGGGCUUUGUUGCCAUUACUCUGAUCAGCCUGAUGUCACUUGUGGCCAUUGCUAUUAUUCCCUUUCUCAGCCACUCCUUCUACAAAGCACUCCUCCCCUUCCUGGUGGCGCUGGCAGUUGGCACACUCUCUGCAGAUGCUCUGCUUCACCUGAUACCUCAUGCUCAGGAUCACAGGCACAAGGGCUCGCAUAACGCAGACAGCCACCCACUCCUGGAUGGUAAGGACUCUCUCUGGAAAGGUCUCUCUGCAUUGGGGGGCAUCUACCUUCUCUUCCUCAUUGAGAGCCUCCUGCGUUUGUCCAGGAACUGCAGCAGACGGGUGAAGCCACCAGGCAAAGGGCGGCAGAAGGAACAGGCUGGCCUCGAGAUGGACGUUCCAACCAACAUUGAACUUCGUUGCUUAAGACCUGCCCAAGAGUCUUGCAAAAGAACUGAACUGGAUCAGGUGGAAAAUGCAUCCAGUGGACCCUUCACUCACCAACCUACCAGUAAAAUCGACAAAGAGCCCUGCAGUGAGCUCUCUGACGAUCCUUCGGCUGAAACAUGGGGAUCAGAGGAGCUGGAACCUGAGCGGGAACAUGAGCACGGACAUUCCCAUCAUCUGGAAGGCCUACGGAGCUCUGGCAUAGUGGAUAUUGCUUGGAUGGUGAUGAUGGGAGAUGGCAUGCACAACUUCACUGACGGACUGGCGAUUGGGGCAGCAUUUUCCACAGGAAUUCCAGGCGGAUUCAGUACCACCAUUGCUGUGUUCUGCCAUGAACUACCCCAUGAGCUGGGUGACUUUGCUGUGUUAAUGAAGGCAGGGGUUAAAAUGAGACAGGCAGUGAAAUUUAACCUGGUAUCUGCUGUCCUCAGUUACUUGGGCAUGGUGCUUGGAAUUGCUGCUGGACAGUACACAGACAAUGUAACCCCCUGGAUCUUCGCAAGCACCGCAGGGAUGUUCCUUUAUGUUGCUUUGGUUGACAUGCUUCCUGAAAUACUGCAUGGACAAUCGAACACAAGACAAUACAGUUAUCUCACACAUUUUGUCAGACAGAACCUGGGCUUCCUGCUGGGAGCUGGAGUCAUGCUGUGCAUUGCUUUGUUUGAGGACCGACUUCUCAUCAACAUCGGUUCUUAAUAGUUUACAGUCAACAGGCAUGGAAAUGAGGUUCAAAAACAAACAGAAUGUCUUCGAGCUGUUUCUUACAAGUAGAGUAUCGCAGCUAUAUACUUUGGACAGAUUUUCAUGUUUCUCCAGCUAAACUCCAGCAGUACUUGUUUCAAAGAUGCAGCAUACCCUCUGUUGAGUUGUUGUUACUCCAAAACCUUGGUGUGGACAUGGGAAGGUCUGCCCCUGAUAAUGACUGAGGAAUUGUAAUACAGGAUCAAAAAAUACUAACACCCACUACGGUCUCUUCUGGAUUUCUUGAAACAUUCACACAUGAGGUAUAGCACAGAAACAGAUCCUAUGGCCCAUCUAGUCCAUGCCAAACUGGUAAUCUGCCUAGUCCAUCAACCCAGACUUGGACCAUAGCCCUCCAUAUCCCUCCCAUCCAUGCAUCCAUCCAAAUUUCUCUUAAAUGUUAAAAUCACAACCUAGAUGUACCACUUGUGCUGGCAGCUUGUUCCACACUCUCACACCCUCUCAGUGAUGAAAUUCCCCCUCAUGUUCCCCUUAAACAUUUUACCUUUCACCCUUAACCCAUGACCUGUAGUUGUAGUCUCACCCAAUCUCAGUGGAAAAAGCCUAUCUAUACCCUUCAUAAUUCUGUAUUCUUCUGUCAAAUCUCCCCUCAUUCUCUUAUGUUCUAGGGAGUAAAGUCCUAACCUAUUCAAACUUCCCUUAUAAACACAGAUCCUCAAGUCCUGACAACAUCCUUGUAAAUGUUCUCCACAUUCUUUCAAUCUUAUUUAUAUCUUUCCUAAAGAUAGGUGACCAAAAUUGCAAUACUCCAAUAGACCAAUACUCCAAAUUAGACCUCACCAACAUCUUAUACAACUUGAACAUAGCAUCCGAACUCUUGUACUGCAUCCUUUGAUAUAUGAAAAUCAAUUUGCUAAAAGCUUUCUUUAUGACCCUAUCUACCUGUGAUGCCACCUUCAAAGAAUUAUUGAUCUGUAUUCCCAGGUCCCUCUGUUCUACCACACUCCUCAGUGCCCUACCGCUCACCAUGCAAGUCCAUCUCGUCAGGUCCUGGGGAUUUAUCCAGCUAAUUUGCCUCAAGACAGCAAACUCCUCCUCCUGUGUAAUCUAUAUGAGGUCCAUGACCUCACUGCUGCUUUGCCUCAGUUCUACAGUCUUUGUGUCCAUUUCAUGAGUAAAUACAGAUGCAAAAAAUCCAUUUAAGAUCUCCCCUAUCUCUUUCGGCAUGAAUAGUAACCACACUAAUUUUUCAGAGAGCCAAUUUUGUGCCUUACAAUCCUUUUGCUCUUGAUAUAUCUGUAGAAGGUCUUGAGAUUCUCCUUCACCUUGUCUGCUAGAGCAACCUGUCUUCUUUUAGCCCUUAUUAUGUGUCCUCUUGCAAUUCCUUUACUCCUCAAGUACCUCAUUUGUUCCUUCCUGUCUGUACCACCUUUUUCUUAACCAGGGCCUCAAUAUAUCUUCAAAAACAAGGUUGUUUCCUAAACCUGUCAUCCUUGCCUUUUACUCUGACAGGCACAUACAAACUAUGUACAGUAUUCUCUAAAUUUCACUCUUGAAGGUCUCCCACCUACUAGGUACACCUGUGCCAGAAAGCAAACUAUCCCAAUCCACACUUGCCAGAUCCUUUUUGAUACCAUCAAAUUGUUUUUCCUCCAAUUUACAAUCUCAACCCAUGGACUAGACCUAUCCUUUUCCAUAAUUACCCUGAAACUAAUGGCAUUAUGAUCACUAGAUGCAAAGUGUUCCCCUACACAAACUUCUGUCACCUGCCCUGUCUCAUUCCCUAACAGAUCUCGUAUCGCACUCUUUCUAGUUGGGACUUUUAUGUACUGAUUAAGGAAACUUUCCUGAACACAUUUGACAAACUCUUUCCCAUCUAGUCCUUUUGCAGUAUGGGAAUCCCAGUCAAUAUGUGCGAAGUUAAAAUCACCUACUACCACACCCUUAUGUUUCUUGCAACAGUCUGUGAUCUCUCAACAAAUUUGCUCCUCAAAAUCCCAUGGACUGUUGGGUGGCCUAUAAUAUAAUCCCAUUAACGUGGUCAUACCUUUCUUAUUCUUCAGUCAAACCCAUAAAGCCUCAGUAGAUGAGCUAUCCAGUCUGUCUUGACUAGUAAUGCCAUCCUUCCCUCUUUAAUCUGUCCCACUCUAUCACAUCUAAAACAACGAAACCCCGGAAUAUUGAGCUGUCAGUCCUGUCCCUCCUGAAACCAAGUCUCACUAAUGGCUACAAUAUCAUAAUUCCGACCCAUGUCCUAAGCUCAUCUGCCUUUCCUACAAUACUCCUUGCCUUGAAACAUAGACAGCUGAGAAUUUCAGUCCUACCAUGCUUAACCUUUUGAUUCCCAACUUUGAAUGAAGGCUUAACAACAUCUUUCCCCACAACCAUUCCACAAUCUGAAGCCCUCCCUCCCUCACCAUCUCCUUAGUUAUGUGCUAAACUGUAUGAUCUUCCUAUUUUUGGCCAAGCUCGUGGCAAUUCUGAGAUCACAACCCUGGAGGUCCUGUCCUUUAAGUUAGUCCUUAACACCCUGAAUUCACUUUACAGAAUCUCGUCACCUUUCUUACCUCUGUCAUUGGUACCGACAUGGACCACGACCUCUGGCUGCUCACCCUCCCACUUAAGAAUGCCGUAAACAGUCUGAGAUGUCUCAGACCUUGGCACCUGAGAGGCAAUAUACCAUCCGGGAAUCUCGUUCUCAUCCACAGAACCUCCUGGCUGUUCCCAUAACCAAUGAAUCCCCUGUCACUACAGCUCAUCUCUUCUCCCUCCUUCCCUUCUGAGCCACAGAGCCAGACAGUGCUUGAAACCUGACUGCUGUGGCUUUCCUCUGCUAGGUCAUCCCCUCCCCACACCAGUAAACCUGUUGUUGAGGGGAAUGGCCACAGAGGUACUCUGUACUGGCUGCCUAUCCCCUUUGCCCCUCUUGAUGGUCACCCAGUUACCUGUGUCCUGCACACUGGGGUAAAUACUUCUCUAUCUAUCAACCACUCAGUCUCCCAAUCUGGAGUUUAUCCAGCCCGAGCUCCAAUUCCUUAACACAGUCUGUUAGAAGCUGCAGAUAGAUGCACUUCUUGCAGGUAUAGUCGUCAGAGGCCUUCCCAAAUCCCACAAGAGCAGCAUUCAGCUAUCCUGCCUGGCACUCCUUAUGCUCUAUCUGUGCAAUAAUGAAAGAAAAAGUAAACAAAAAUAAUCUUCCUUUGGCCUUCACCUCUAUUCACCAAGGCCUGGACUCCCCCCUCUAACACUGGCCCACUCACACAAUGACUUAAUUAUGCACAAUCCAGUGCCUCCUUGGGAACUGUGGCACACAGAAUGUGUUCACGCUUUCCCAAAUCACUUCUUUUGAACUUUCUCUCCUGCUAUGCAAUCCAACGUCUCUUCAGGAACUGUGGCGCGCAGGUGAACUAUCCAAAAUUCUCCACCAAAGGAAGGACUGUAGUUUGAAACAAUUCCCUUAUCAGCUUCCAACACUGUACCCAAUCCGCACUGGUACACCCUGCACACCCCACUGACACCCUACACUCCUACCUGUAACACCUACACACCCGACAUCCCUCACUGAUACACCCCACACUGUAACACUGACACACCCAACACUGUAACUCUCUGAUACACUCUGUGAUCAGUGUAUCUCACUGUGAUAUUAAGUGCAAAUUCAAAGGGAUGUGGUACACAAUUAUUCAUAAUAUCACUUUUGUUCCUCUUAUUGUAACAUGCUUGGAUAGAUGUGUAAGAAAUUACAAAAAAAAUUAUUAAUCAAUGAUCUUGUGUUCAACUGAUUGAUAUGCUCUCCAAAGAAAUUUGAUCUGCUGUUUAAUGUGUAUGAUUCCCAA